CGCUUUAUCUAAUAAAAAAAAAAAAUUAUUGGAGUGAACUAUACUCGCAAUCCAUAACUCUGAACUCUAACCCAACAAGAAACGGGAUUGCCGUCCUUUUAUUACGAGGACGGUAUUGCAAUAAAUCAUUCGUUGACAUUAUGGUUUUUUUUAAUAAAUUAUAAUUAAUCUUAUCAAUUUUUAUUUUGGUGAUAUGAUAUCAUAGAUAUAAAUAAAUAUAAACAUAUAAAUAAUAAUUAAAAUUCAAAGCACUAACCUUCAUUCUGAUGCUUAUAUAACAGCGGUGUUUCAACGCCAGCAUACCGUCCCAUCCCGGUCGAGCACCGAGCGCAAAGCAUGGGCGAGGUCGGAGCGCGCGCCGAGAAUCCUCGGCCAAAGAGCACCAGCCUAUUCUUGCAAAUCGUCGAACACCUUGACGGCACUAUCUCCCGCCCCAUCGUCCCAAUCUCCCCUCCUUCUUCCGAUCCCUCCAACACUCAAUCCCAAACCCUCUCCAAAGAUCUCCCUCUCAACCCCAUCCAUGGCACCUCACUGCGCCUCUACUGCCCUAAUCAUCCCCCUUCCCAUAAGCUCCCAAUCAUCAUCUUCUUCCAUGGCGGUGGCUUCGUCGCCUUCAACGCAUCCACUGUGUUUUACCACGAGGAGUGCGAGCAAAUGGCGGCCGAGCUCCCAGCUAUUGUUGUUUCCCUGGAUUACCGGCUUGCUCCGGAGCAUCGGCUCCCGGCGGCGUAUGAUGACGCCGUGGAAGCGUUGAGCUGGGUCUGGGAUCAAGCUAAAGGAGGCGGAGAUCCAUGGAUCAUUAACCAUGGGGACUUCUCUCGUUGCUACUUGAUGGGCAGUAGCUCCGGCGGGAACAUGGCGUACUAUGCCGGGAUUCGCGCCAUGGAUUUAGAUCUCCAUCCGAUUGUGCUCGCCGGUGUCAUCCUCAACCAACCCUAUUUGGGCGGCGAGAAGAGGACCUCAUCGGAGAUGGCAUCAGAGGAGGACCCAGUCCUUCCACUCCGCGCCAACGAGACCAUGUGGCGGCUGGCGUUGCCGAAGGGGGCAGAUCGUGACCACGAGUUCUGCAACGUCGUCAAGGCGGUGGCCGGGCGGAGGAUCCGGCUGCCGAGAUGCCUCAUCUUGGGAUUCGAUGGCGAUCCUCUGAUCGAUCGGCAGAGGGAGUUCGCGAGUGUGUUGAAAGAGGGCGGAGUGAACGUGGUGGCAAGGGUAGGUGGAGAAGGGUUCCACGCCGCCGAGCUCUUCGUUCCGGCGAAGGCGGCGGCGCUGAUCGGCGAGCUCCGGGAGUUCAUCUCUAAUGGCUUUGAUGCUGAUGCUGCGUAGAUGAUGACCUGUGCGCUUGUUUGAUUUGACUUUGAGAAUCAAUGAAACGAGCUUGUGAUUCGUCAGAUCGUCUAAUGAUUAAUAAUAUAUUAUUAAUC